CCGUUGCAACAAGAAUGACAAAAACCGCAGGCCUAGUUCUCAAGGUGGCCACGGUCUCGAAAUACUUUAUAAUCUCCACGCUGGCCAUUUCUCUCUCUUCUUAUGCUUAUCUGUUCAGGUAUGGCCCAGGCAAUUCGUCCUACGAUCAAUGCUUGCAUGAUACUCUUCGUUAUUCUCUUUCACAUGAUUCUAUCGCGGAGCAUCCAGUCGAUAGAAGCAACAGAGUAUCUCAUGUGCAGGAUCUGGACUCUCUCGCAGCUGAGAUUGAAGCGCUGUACAUCAGGUCUACGAACAGUGCUUCCCCAUCUACACCUCAUGCAUGCAUACCAAAACCAAUCAUAUUCGAUUGCAGUUCGAGGUUCCAGGAGUGUGGUGGAUUGGGAGAUAGGUUGAAAGGUCUGGCUUCAACAUUUUAUCUUGCGCUUCUUACGAACUCUAGAUUCUACUACCAUUGGACGUUUCCCACUGAUGUCGGCAAUUAUUUCAUGGCAUCGAAUUCCUCCCUUUCGUCUCCUGCAAGGACUGCUCGAUCUUUCAUGGGAAUACAGUAUGUGACCAUGUUCGAGUGGUGGUGCAUGAAUUGGCACUGCAUGGUGCGUGAUAUCAGGAGAACGAGAGAAUGGAACUUACCAAAGCUCUGGCAUGGUUACAGCAGCAUUAUCUCUCAUACGAAUAUGGCCUACUGGGAUGUAUUGAUUCAGAAUCCUUUCCUGGGUGCCACAGCGAGGCGAUAUAACCUUCAUCUUCUCCGUCAAGACGAGAUGUUCUACAUAUUCACCAGGCUCUUCUUCACCAAGAUGACAAGUUUUAUGGGGUUGGCACUGGAACCUUACAGGGACCUCAUGAGUCCCAGCAGUGACCGUGUCAAAGUUGGAGUGCAGCUCCGGAUAGGAAAUGACACUGCUUGGCAUGAGGGUCCGCGCCAUUCCUUGGCAGCUGUCGGAUGUUUUGUGGAGAAAGCGAAGUUGAAGUGUGAGGAGGGGAAUCGUCAGAGCAAGGAAUGUCUCAUAUUCGUGAGCACCGAUUCCCAACGCGCUCUGGAGCUUUUCAGGGCGAGGUUCAAGCUUUUAGGGAUUUCUAUGAUGGCAACGGAUGGUCCGAUUUCUCACAUCGACAAACCGUCGCAAUCAUUGAUCCGUCAACACUUCGUGGAUCCGCAAAGUAUCAUCACCGAGCAUUCCAGAGUGUUCAUGGACUGGAUUCUGCUGACAAAAAUGGAUUAUUUGUACAUUAGUAGGAGUGGAUUUUCUGAAACUGCAGCAUUUGCAGGCAUGGUCCCGACGGAAAGAUUGGCUGUGCGGGAUGAAUACCGCUGUGGCUUUUAUCCUUGGACUGGAGAAGCUGGGUCUAAACUAUGGUAGUCCGAAACCUGAGGUUGCUUGUUCCGAUCACUUUUUCCCUCAAAUCAAUGAAUCCAGACCAAGAAUCGUGGUUGAGUUCCUUAUUCAUUGGCCGGCGAAGGUCUGUGAGCACGAUAAGCAGUAGCUGACACUCCUGUGUACUCUGAAGUUAGUAAUUGACAUGGCUUCGGUCGCCCGAUGAGAACCAAGUUCACAUGCGAAGUGUGCAAAGCUUUGCUCUUCAGUCCAGUGGCCUACGUGCUCUGCACGCUGUCAGAGCGACAGGGUAAAACAACGAACAAGUUUCUCCAUGAGAUCGCAUGAACCCAUGAUAGGAGUUAGAUUAGCUUACAAAAGCUUGUUAUGCUUAAUGUGAAUAAAGUGGGGUGGACGCUUUCUUUGUACAAACGGUGAGCUGCCAGACAGGAUAUUGCAGCUGAUCCCCUGCAUACAUCAUGAAUUCACCUCCACAUCGCCUCCACCGCCAGCGUGCCAAUGAGGGCUCCAAUGACAGUAAGGGUUCCCCAGACAACCUGCUCCUCCAGACAUUAAACAGGGGACCAGCUCCAGAAACUUGCCAUCCCAUCGCACCACGUUACUGGGUUGAAUUUGUAGU